CAUAUAUGCCAUUGGUUCUCAUAGUACGUGCAUGAGUCGUCUCGUAAUCGUUAUCUCUCACAGAAAAGAGUAGUGCAGGAGGAGAAGCUUUACGAAAAUUCAGAAAAACGUGUUAAAUAUAUUCGACGGCGACUACUCCCCUUCUCCCCUUGGUUGAUUGUCGGCGCUGAGCCGGUAGAAACCAAACAAAAACAUGGACGAAAGGCAGAUACCGUCAUUUCUCAUUGGGACGUCCUGCAGAUAUCGAUCGGUAAACAGAAUGUUAGGACUGUUCCUGCUUUUAACCAGUCUAAUUGCAUCGACUCUCUCUUUCAACGCCGAGUUAGCUGAACAAGAAUGCCCGGUCGACUGUCACUGUCACUAUUUCCGUAUCAACUGGGUGACCGAUUGCUCGGAAAGCAACCUGACCAGCAUCUCAUACGGUGAACUCAGCCCAAACGUUUAUGUACUUGACAUGAAUGGCAAUAAUAUAAAACGCUUUGGACCAUUUCCACAUGGUAUUAAGCUGAGACGACUUCAGAUGGCACAUAAUCGACUUUCCCAACUCAAAUAUGAAUCUUUUGCCGGGCUGACAUAUCUCUUGGAUGCCGAUUUUUCUUUCAACGCCAUCACUCACGUCGAUUCAGAAGCUUUUAGGGACAGUGCAGGCUUGAUCACGUUGGAACUUCAGAACAACCCAAUAGCAACGGUGAAGGGUCCUUUCCUGAAUUGUCGGUCGCUUCUCUAUUUGGAUUUGAAUUCAUGCGGCAUUCGUAAACUGAAUAACCAAUUUUUUCACAACACGACGAACCUGAACAAACUCGAUCUAUCUCACAAUCCUCUACAAAGGAUAGAACCCGGCCCUUUCGACCACUUGACCAAUCUCGAAUAUCUCAAGUUGAACGGCUGCAACUUGACUCACUUAUCGCCCGAUACGUUUGCGCACUUGGAAAAUUUGCGAGAACUCGAGAUGCAGGAAAACGAUUUGCGAAUGUUAAGUUGGACUAACGUAUUAGCUCCGCUCAUUCGUUUGGAGAAUCUCGAUAUAAGAAAAACUUUGAUUACCAAUUUACCAGGCGAUGCUUUCGCUAAAAACUUGUAUCUUCGACAAUUGGUAUUGGCCGACAAUGAACUCUGGCAUUUGGACGUUGGCAAUACUCUUGGUCACAAUCUCCACAGCUUGCAAUCCUUGGAUUUGUCCAAUUGUAAUCUUCAGGAUCGCUUGUCCGAAGAGGCUUUCAAAAAUGCCAGUAAGCUUCGAGUAUUGAAUCUGAGCGGCAAUCCCAUGUUCGCAGCAGAUCUAACCGUAGUCUUACGGCACUUACCUAAGCUUCACAAACUUUCUCUGAGCCAUUGUAACUUGCGUAAAUUGCCAACCGCUUUCGAGGUUUUCGAAAAUCUCGAAGAACUCGAUAUCUCUAACAAUCCACUUUCGGAUGCGUUCGUGAGUUUGUUGAAUCCAUUAAGCUCCUUAGAAUAUUUAGACAUGUCUUAUUGUAAUCUCGGUCACGUUGCAAACAAUACCUUCGCCCAAAUGACAUCGCUUAAAAAGCUAAUAUUGUCAGGAAAUAAGCUUCAUUCAUUGGAGGAAGGUUUGUUCGCUAAUUUGACAAGAUUGGAAAGUUUAGAGAUGAAUAAUUGUGACCUUCGCAAUCCUAUCGAUCUAAAGGUCUUCGGUGAUCACAACAUCACAAACGUGAUCGAAUUGAAGCUCAGUGGUAAUCCACUUAGUAUCCCCGACGAUGGAGCCCUCCUGCCUGCGCAAUUAUCCAAUCUCGAAAUUCUUGACAUAAGUAAUUGUGAUCUUUCUCAAUUACAUCAGAACAUAUUUUCGAAGACUAAAAAAAUAACGCGAUUAAAUCUUUCUGGCAAUGAAAUAUCCGGAACGGGAGAUUUGACUUGCUUGAGGAAACUAAGAUCAUUGGAAUAUUUAGAUGUCAGCAACAAUAAUUUACGUACCAUCAAUCCUAAGGUCUUUAGAUCAAAUCCAAAUCUUUUGUCGGUUAAUCUUUUAGGGAAUCCUUUCCUUUGUAACUGCUCGAUCGUAGAAAUGUGGGACUGGGCUGAAAAAGUAAAGAACGAUCUUCAUGUACUAGUUGGUAGUCGGCCUGCCAACUUUGGAACAGGUGCUGAAAAACUUCGAAAGAGUUUAACUUGCACUUACGACGAAGAUACCUAUCGUACCAUCAUAGAUCAGAGUAAAUCGAUGGGUCGUAAGGGUGAUAUAACGCCAAGUCGUACGUGGGUGAAAUACAUUCGCGAAUCGAAUUGUCCUCGUCGUUCAUGAUAUACAAUGAAAACUCGACAACAUCCUAUAUUGGGCCUGUUCUAUCAACGAACAUGUAAAAACAGGCUCGAACUCUAAACGUUCUAAUAAUUUUGAAUGUAUGUCGAUUGUAUGAAACUCAUAUUUCUGUUUAUUUUUAUUUUAUUUUAAUUUUUUUUUUUUUUUUUUUUUUUCUUUUGUUUGUUUGUUAGUUUGUUUGUUAGUUCCUUCUUUUUUUCUUUCUACAAGAGAAUUGAGCUGCGACGAACAAACAACGAGAAGGCAGAUAUUCUUUCUCGUACUAUCGA